ACUUGUUCUUUUUAUCAUUCGUUCGGCUGAUUGAAAAACUGACAGCUGUUGAGGAACGAGCUCAAAGCACUUUGUGAAAGUUAAUUAUUAUAAAUUGUCGGAAGGGAAAGGGGCUACUUUCUUGGUAUUGCAAAACCGGUUGUCCGAGUCCCUAAUUCAUCAUGUCGGAGCCACGGAAAAACCAUCUCUCCAUAGAUGGAGGGCAGGUGAAAGAAGACGAACACGUUGCAUCUUACAAGCCCAUCCCUGAGUCGGAUACAGAAUUCCGCACAUCCAAGACCAAUCUCUCCAAGUCCAAGGAGAAGAUAUCUCCCGACGGCGCGGAAGAGAAACUUCUGCCUAAGGAGGAGGAAGCCAAGAUCGUGACCAGGGUCGACAUGGCUGACGCCAAGUAUGUGGUGGAAGACCACAGGAAUGGAGACGCUAAGAUCGAGCUCGAUGCUAAUAAGCGGCAAUUCACCGGGCUGACUAAGGAGGAGCUGCUCAAGUACGCGGAGGACCCGUUCUGGGUGAACCUCCGCUGGGCCAUGUUCAUCCUGUUCUGGGCUCUCUGGCUGUGCAUGCUAGCCGGCGCCAUCACCAUCAUUGUCCGCGCCCCUAAGUGUGCCCCACCGGAGCCUAAGACCUGGUUCGAGAAAGGGCCCCUGAUUGACGCCGAGGAGUCUGCCCAAUAUGCCGCUUUGGAAGCUGACCUGCCGCUGAUGCAGAACUAUAAGGUGCAGGGCAUCUUCAUGCCGGUGCCUACGUAUGAUAUAGAGGCUGAGCCGACAGCACGGGAGAGCUUUGAGGCAUUCGUUAAGAAGGCUAAGGAGUUUGGUAUUAAGGUCAUAGUAGAUCUAAUCCCGAACUACGUGUCGAUCGACCACCGCUGGUUCCAACUCAGCAAGAACAAUACGGAGGGAUAUGAUAACUACUUCGUGUGGCAGCAGGGCACUAACUUCGAUGUCGAUGCUAACAAGAGACUGCCUCCUAAUAACUGGGUUUCAACCCUCAACACAUCAGCAUGGACAUACAACGAGGACCGUAAAGCUCACUACCUGCACCAAUACGAGGAGUCUCAAGCGGACCUCAACUUCAACAAUGAAGAGGUGGUCAAGGAGUUCGAUAAUGUGCUCAAAGCUUGGAUGAAGGCCGGUGCUGCUGGAGUCAGAUUAAACAAAGUCCGCACAGUGGUUGUCAACGCGACACUCAAGGACGAGGUGCCACAAUCAGGUCACGGUAGCGACCCUGCCGCCGAUCAUACGUACUAUACUUACUGGCGCCACACGCAGACCAGCGACCAGCCCAAACUGAGGGAGUUGCUGGAUAGGUGGUCUAAUAUCGUCGAUCAGGCUAGCGAGAACCCUGGCACUGGUUCAUCAGUAUUCACAAUCAAGGAAGAAGGCGACCGCGUGGAGCUAUACAAACUCCUGCGCAACGUGACGUCACUGCGGCCGCGUCACGCCGCGCCCGUGCACGUCGGCGAUGACGUCACGGCCGCCGCUGAAAACAUACAAGCUAAGCUCGGCAAGUGGCCCGCACUGCAGCUGAAGACAUCACCGGAGGCUGCGCCUGAGUUGGUGCCGUUCGCACUGCUGCUGCCCGCCGCGCCUGUCCUCAACCUCAAGCAGAUUGAGAGCGAUGACAAUCAGACUGUCACAGCUGAAGCGCUAUCGCACUUGGUGUCGCUGCGUGAGGACGCCAGCAUCCAACACGGCGACUACGCCGUCUCCGGAGUUCCCGCCAGGAACUCCUCACUCAACACACUGCUUGCUGUCGCUAGAUGGAAGGCAGGCCACACCGGCUACCUGGCGCUGUUCAACCCCUCGGCGGAGGAGCAGCGCGGCAACCUGACGCUGCUGACGUCAGUGCCGGCCGCACUCACGCCGCACUACAUGUCGCAUGGCGUGCGACUUUACACCAAUUACUCCAACCACAACGCCGAACCAGCUGACAAUCUGCUGGUGCCAGCCAAGUCCUCAGUAAUAUUCUCCUACGUGCCCAGGACUUCUUCUGAGAACUAGAGAAUCUCAAUCAAUCAAUAUAUUAUAUCCAAAUAACAAAACUUUUUCACCAAACAUGUACACGCUUCCCCGGUGUAAGAAGGGGUCAUAAUUUGCAUUUAAGUUUUUUUAAAAGACAAUAGCAAAAUAAAUAAUUAAUUGAAGCAUA